AGGCUGAGGCUUCUGCCUAUCAAGAGGCAAGGGUGGGUCCUUCAUUUGUCUUCAGUCUGAAUUAAAUGAAAGUUAGCUCUUUCCAAAGCUAAGCUGCCUUCUACCCUCACAAGAUCCCAGCUCCUUCCUUCCUUCCCUCCCCAGUGAUACCCAUGAACUGCCAGUAGAGGCCGCUCUAGUUCCGUGUGUGGGGAAUCACCUGGUUCAAGGCACACCCGACCCCGUCAUUUUCUUUGCUCUAUACUAAAAGUUCCUUCUGAAUAAUGUCUUAAGUUUCUUGCGGAGAUGCCAGGGACCCCUGGUUUUUGGUUUUCAAAUGAAUUGGAGGGCUAUCUAGGACCUUAGCUCCCUCUGAAAUAAAGUUUCCUUAACUUCCACCUUGCAGAGGAGCAUUCUGGUAUCCAAUGAUCUGGUAUCUGUUGUCUCUGCAGAAAGGGAUUUAAGGUCUUGAACAAUGGAGGAACAUCUGCCCUAUUCUGUUUCAGAGAUCCUUACCAGUAGCUGACAAUUUUUGAAUGCCUGCCCGUGCCAGGCUGUUAAGCACUUUACGCGCCUGAUCUCAUUUACUCUCCGUGAAUCUCUGGGGUAGUUUUAUCCCUUCUUUAUAGGUGAGGACACUGAGACUUACGAUAAGUAACUCCCCUCAGGUCACACAGCUUAGGGACCUGCGAUUGGUGUACAAAUCUGACUGCUGCGCCCAGGCCCUCACCACUCCUUUCUCACCGACUAGACGGAAGAGGCCUGAGACUACAGAUCAAGGGCUUGGUCUUAGGCAUGUGGCAGAACACAGUGCUUACUGCUGAGCUGGGCAGUGGAUCCUGGAAAUACUGGAGGGGAGUGCCUGCCAGGAGGUAGGAAAGUGGACAGUUAGAGUGGCUGCAUGUAGUACAUGGGACUUGAUUGGGCGUCUGAGAUUUGCAUACUUCCUCAGACCCAUUCUGGGUGGAAGGUAGAGUCUAGUGUAUAUACAAAUGCCCUCUAAUCUGGUCUAAAUGAUGGAGAUCGGUAGUGGGUACUGACCGUGCUGCUGGGAGGAGUUCAGGGAUGGGGAGAGGCUAUGCACGUGGAAGUAGUACCUUGAGCCAAACCACAGAACAGAAAAUUGGAGCAGAAUUAUAUAAAUCAAGGUCAGAAAUUUCCCGUCCAACCCACAGGGUGGAGUUUUCACUAUUCCUAUCCAUCCUACUGAAUAUAAACCCUGAUUUGAUGUCAGUAAGCAGAAGGAGCAGCUGGCGGGACUCUCAUUUCAGCUCUCAGCAGUCACCAUGAAUCUCAAGUGCCCAGCCCUGGACACACCCUGGCCAGAGCCAGCUGUUUGCAGACCUGAGCCGAGAAGAGCUGACGGCUGUGAUGAGCUUUCUGACCCAGAAGCUAGGGCCAGGCCUGGUGGAUGCAGCUCAGGCCCAACCCUCAGACAACUGCAUCUUCUCGGUAGAGCUGGAGCUGCCCCCCAAGGCUGCAGCCCUGGCCCACCUGGACAGGGGGAGCCCCCCGCCUGCCCGGGAAGCACUGGCCAUCGUCUUCUUUGGUGGACAACCCCAGCCCAAUGUGACUGAGCUGCUGGUGGGGCCACUGCCGCACCCCUCCUACCUGCGGGACGUGACUGUGGAGCGUCACGGGGGCCCCCUGCCCUAUCACCGACGCCCCGUGCUGGGAACUGAGUCUGCCCAGAUGUGGAAACAUUUGAAAGAGGUGGAGCUCCCCAAGGCACCAGUCUUCCUGGCUUCUGUCUUCAACUACAAUGGUUCCACUUUGGCCGCUCUGCACGCCACCCCUCGUGGCUUGCGCUCAGGGGACCGUGCUACCUGGAUAGCCCUCUACCAUAACAUCUCAGGUGUUGGGAUUUUCCUUCACCCUGUGGGGCUCGAGCUACUGCUGGACCACAGGGCCUUGGACCCUGCCCGCUGGGCUGUCCAGCAGGUCUUCUACCUUGGGCACUACUAUGCAGACUUGGGUCAGCUGGAAUGGGAGUUUAAGGCUGGCCGGCUGGAAGUGGUUAGAGUUCCUCUACCCCUGCCAGAUGGGGCCUCAUCGCUGCGAUCGCGGGUCUCCCCAGGUCCUCUUCCCCCUCUUCAGUUCUCACCUCAGGGCUCCCGGUACAGUGUGCAAGGGAACCUAGUGGCGUCCUCCCUUUGGACGUUUACCUUUGGCCAUGGGGUGUUCAGUGGCAUGAGGAUUUUUGAUGUUCGGUUCAAGGGUGAGCGAGUGGCCUAUGAAGUCAGUGUCCAGGAGUGUGUUUCUAUCUAUGGUGCCGAUUCACCCAAGACAAUGAUGACCCGAUACCUGGAUAGCAGCUAUGGACUUGGCCAUCACAGCCGGGGCUUGGUGCGGGGAGUGGACUGCCCCUAUCAGUCUACCAUGGUGGACAUCCACGUAUUAGUGGGCAAAGGGGCAGUCCAGCUGCUCCCAGGGGCUGUGUGUGUGUUUGAGGAGGCCCAGGGACUACCCCUCCGCAGGCACCACGGUCACCUUCAGAGUCAUUUCUAUGGUGGUUUGGCUGGCUCGGCCCUUGUAGUCAGGUCUGUGUCCUCUGUAGGCAACUAUGACUACAUUUGGGACUUUGUAUUGCACCCAAAUGGGGCGCUUGAAGGGCGGGUCCAUGCCACGGGCUACAUCAACACAGCUUUCCUGAGCGGGGGCGAGGAGAGCCUCCUCUUUGGGAACCGCGUUGGGGAGAGAGUGCUGGGGGCGGUGCACACGCAUGCCUUCCACUUCAAGCUGGACCUGGAUGUGGCAGGGCUGAAAAACUGGGUGGUAGCUGAAGACGUGGUGUUUAAACCUGUGGCAGCCCCUUGGAGUCCGGAGCACCAACUGCAGCGCCCACAGCUGACUCGGCAGGUCCUGGGAAGGGAGGACCUGACAGCUUUUUUCUUGGGGGACCCCCUUCCCCGCUACCUUUACUUGGCUAGCAACCAGACUAAUUCCUGGGGUCACCAGCGCGGGUACCGAAUCCAGAUCCACAGCCCUCUUGGCAUACACAUGCCCCUGGACAGCGACAUGGAGAGGGCCCUCAGCUGGGGGAGAUACCAGCUUGUGGUGACCCGGAGGAAGGAGGAGGAGUCACAGAGCAGCAGCAUCUAUUACCAGAAUGACAUCUGGACACCCACUACAGCCUUUGCUGACUUCAUCAACAAUGAGACCCUGUUAGGAGAGGACCUGGUGGCUUGGGUUACAGCCAGCUUCCUGCACAUCCCUCACGCUGAGGAUGUCCCCAACACAGUGACUCUGGGGAACAGAGUUGGCUUCUUGCUCCGACCCUAUAACUUCUUUGAUGAGGACCCCUCCAUCUUCUCCCCUGGCAGCGUCUACUUUGAGAAGGGCCAGGAUGCUGGGCUCUGCAGUGUCAAUCAUGUGGCCUGCAUCCCCCACCUGGCGGCCUGUGUCCCGGACCUGCCGCCUUUCUCUUACCAAGACUUGUAGCCCUGAGUGUGUGGUGGGACAUGGGCAGGGCGGAGAGGGGGUGCCAAGACAUGUACGUUCCUCUCUCUGUUCCCACUUCCUGCUCCCCUGACACUCGACGCUUGGGAAACCGCCUCCUACCACGUAAACCCCCAUAUAUCCUUUGGUUAAUUCUUAUUUCCAGUUCAUUUUUUAAAAAUGAUGAAUUUAUACAAAUGACGUUGAUAUUAAAAAAGCUAAAACACCACAAAUCCUACCACUCAGAAAGAGCAUUCACAUUUGGUGAAUGUUAUACCAGACAUUUCUUUAAUGCAUGUGCAUUGAAGUGGAAGAAUAGAUAGAAUUUUGUAAGAACUGAUGGUGUGUGUAAUUUAUAAUAAAAAGUAUUACAAGACUUUUA